CACAAUAAUCUCGCGACCACGCGACGCACUCUUGCCCUCGCACACGCCGGAAUGGCGUCCACGCUCGCACCUCCUCGGUGGCAUCACCCCCCACCGCCGUCGACCCGGACCAACCCCGGCCGCCUCCUCCACCUAUCGCGCUCCGCUGUUCCCGCCCGCCGUGUUCAGCUCGGCCGGGCCUCGACGGUGUCCCCUCGCGCCUUCUUCGGCCGCGCCGACCUCGACGGCCUUCUGCAGCGCGCUUGGCGAGGCGCCAACGCGGGGGCCGAGCGCCUCUCCUUCGAGGCGAGACAGGCCGCGCAGCGCCUGGACGGGCGGUACUCGAUCUCGCGCCGCGUGGCCGAGGCCGCGCGCGCGGCGCGGGAACGAGCCGCUGAGAUCGACGCCGAGCUCGGCGUCGGCCGGCGGUGGCGGUCCUUCUCCGUCGACUUCUCCCGCAGCUGGCCUAGGUAUCGGAGGGAGCUGAGUGACUUCCUGGCGACUCCUAUCGGGCGAGCCUUGUCUACACUUACUUUCGUGUGGCUUGCACUGUCGGGGUGGCUCUUCAGAAUUUUCAUUUUCAGUACAUUCGUGCUACCAUUUGCAGCCCCUCUUCUCCUUGGGACAUUUGCUAACAGGGUUGCUAUUGAGGGAUCGUGCCCAGCAUGUAAAAGACGGUUCGUGGGCUACCGCAACCAGGUGAUCCGGUGCAUGAAUUGCCAAAACAUUGUGUGGCAGCCAAACAGCAGGUCCUCGGGAGGCGGUGGCGGUGGCGGUUCAAGAAGCUCAGGGCCUGAUUACAUCGACGUGGAGUUCGAGGAGAAGUGAUGAACGCGCUGUUCUUGCACUUUACACGGGCUAAUCGGGCGUGGAGGAGAGGGAAUGAGAAGACCGUGUGCUCAGGCUGCGAUUGGUGAGCCGUUUUGUAUAUGCGGCUGUGUUCGUUAUUAGGUGUGUUGUUGUACAUUAUAUGUGCCUGUUAUUACAGAUGGGCUGGCAUGCGCAAACUCACUUCUGGCCUAUGCAGUACUUGUUACAUUUUGUGAGUGCAGUAGGGAGACUGUAAUUUGUAGAGCAUGCAAAUGCCACUUCAGUAAUGAAUCUUGGAAAGCAAAAAAAAUAAAUAAAACCCUUGCACAUCUAUCAUAAAAAAAA